UGAUCCAUCUCGCGAAUAUCAAAUACAUGGCGCCUCCAUGUUGGACACAAACAGCUUGUCGGAUACAAUUUCUUUAAAAAGUGAAUUUUAUAUGACUGGAUUAUUGAAACUGUCUUUACAUCUGUUUUAGAGCUUGAGAGACGCUUUAUUUUUCGUUUUUGCACUAUUUCACCUGUAUUCCAUAACGUCAAAUUUAUGUGAAAUGCAAAUGGAACAGCAAUGCUAGCUGGCUAGCAAACUCGAGUCUCUUGUCGUAUAUAUUUUUGUUUAUUUUUUUACUAGCUGGCUUGCGAACUAUCCAGUUACAUUACGUUGGAGUGUGUUCUUUCCACACUAGCCUUGGAUGUUGCUAACAAAUUCAGAUAUUUCUAGCGACAAGGAUAUUCCGAGGUCGGUGGAGGAAUUUUACGUUUGCCAAACCACCACUAGCUUGCUAGCCAGUUCACCUAGCUAUCUGGUUGACAGCUAGCUUGCUAACGCAAUAGCUAGCGUUCUUGAACAAGCUACUUUAGCUAGCUACCAGGUAGGGAGAGAGAAAAUAGCUACCCACGUAGGUAGCUACCGAGCUAGCUGGCUGAACAUUCAUUAACCAAGAGGAGAAUAACUAUCUGUCUCAAUGGACCAUACGUCCAUAAUCACACAGGUUUCUAACCCCAAGGAGGAGGAGAUCAUAUCAUUCAACCAGGAAAAAGUUUCCCAGUCCAACAGCAGCAUCAAGAAACAGAGGAGUCGGGGCAUCUUCAGCACGUUCUUCUGCUGCUUCCGCAACUACAAUGUGGAACCCCCCACCACCAACAACAGCACCAGCUCCCUGCCUCCACCUGUUGAGGAGAAUGGAACCCCUCCCAAGUGUGACCAGGUCGAGGUCAUCCCUGUCCCUAGUCCCCCAGCCAGAUACCUUUUACCAGAGAUGAACACAUCUGACUAUGGCAGGAAGUGUGUGGUGAUCGAUCUGGAUGAAACCCUUGUCCACAGCUCAUUCAAGCCCAUAAGCAAUGCUGACUUCAUAGUCCCUGUGGAGAUAGAUGGAACAGUUCAUCAGGUGUACGUGCUGAAGAGACCUUUCGUGGACGAGUUCCUCCAGAGGAUGGGCGAGCUGUUUGAAUGUGUCCUGUUCACAGCCAGUCUGGCCAAGUAUGCCGACCCAGUGGCAGACCUGCUGGACCAUUGGGGGGUGUUCCGGGCCCGGCUCUUCCGAGAAUCCUGUGUGUUCCACAGAGGGAACUACGUGAAAGACCUCAGCCGGCUAGGCAGAGAGCUCAACAACGUCAUCAUCGUUGACAACUCCCCCGCCUCCUACAUCUUCCAUCCAGAGAAUGCGGUCCCGGUCCAGUCUUGGUUUGACGAUAUGAACGACACCGAGCUGCUGGACUUGCUGCCUUUCUUUGAGGGACUAAGCAAAGAGGAGGAGGUCUAUGGAGUCCUGCAGAACCUGAGGGGCAGGUAGCAGGACGGACGGCCGGCACCAGCAGUGUGCUUCUCUCAGUGUCUCUCUCCCGCUCUGGUCCUUUCACUCCACCACACCCUCUCAGGCUCUGGCAGAAGCACUUCUCCCUCUAAGCCCCUUCCCCCCCAUGCCUCUGCCCCAAGGGUGUGCUCUGGAGCCUCACUGUGGAUCCCUGUCAGCUGCUCCCUUGUUUGGGCCUCCUGGUGGCUUCUCCUGACAGAAUGCACUUCAGACUCCAGAGGCUGGAAACAUGACACAGUCUCAAGAAACGUGUACCGAGUGUUGUGGUCCGUUAACUUAGACUGGGAGGGCACAUAUUAAGAGAGGACUGAAGUCUCCGUUUGGAAACUAAGAAACUGUUUUACAUUUGGUCAAGUGCUUGUUUUAAACCAAAAACCUAUCCUUUAUCUGGGGAUUUUUAUUUGUGAUAAAAACAACAGAACAGUUCUCUAUCUGUUUGACCUUGUUAUUGUUGCUAUGCAGGCAAGUUUUGGGAGGAGAAAGGACUGUGAAUUUUGUUUUUUUCCCUGACCGAAUCAAGUGCCUUUUAUGAAUGUUUUUAGGGGAGAUAUUUUGUACAUGGCGUAUUUCCAGAGUAAUUCAAUCUUACUUCAAAGAAAGGAUAUGCUUUAAAAGAGAGACAGAGAUGUCUUUUUGUAAAAGCUAGUUAUUUUAGCUGUUUGUUUUGACAUCGAAGGCUGGGUACAGGUCUCCAUUGUAUUCUCUAUCUUUUUCCAGUUUGCUCGUGCCAUCAUCUAGAAGUGAUUUCAUUUUCUCUUGCUGUCAUUCAUUAAACUUAGCAUAGUGUAUGGUUAAUUUUGAGAAGCAAUGGACUAUUUUUGCAUUUGUGAAAUUUAACCUACAGUGGCCCCAUGUUAGUUUCUAUGAGAUAUUUGGAAAACAAUCUCUGAGUUGCUGAUAUUGUGCCAUUUAAUAUCCCCUAUCAGUAUAUACAUACAUCAUUUAUUUCUCAGUUAAGCUAAAAUGUUCUUAUAUUUCAUCAGUAAGUUAUAUUUUUCUUUGGUAAAAUCCAAAAUAACCAUUUAAGUAGACUAGACUGCAAAUUGAGUCAGUCCAUCUUUUUGUCACACAUUUGGAUCCUCGUUAUUCAUUUAAACAAUUACGUUUUUACCAGCAUACAGUACCAGUCAUUUAUAUUUGCACACUCAUUUUGAAAGCUGCAGUUAUAUUGGUCUAUCCAGUAGGAGGAGCUCUGAAACACACCUUUGCAAUACACAGUUGCAAAUAUAUUUCUCUUGUUUCACAUGAACUGGUCUUGUACAGUUAAUGGGUAGAGUGCCAUGUUUUAUUACAAGGGUUUCUCCUGGAGAAACCCGUCUCUUCAGAGCAUCUAGUAUAGGAAUGGUCAAGGUUGAAACCACACUGUGCUGUUUCUGAUUUCUGACAUUCAACAGUGGUCCAGUCCGUAGAGAGGGCGUGUGGAUGCAGUCUUCACACGCUGUCUUAACAGUUCCUCACCUCAGUGCCUAAGUCCAGAGGAGCCGUAUACUCUUAGUGCUGUAGUAACCAUGGCAAUAACCUUUCGGGAGCUUCUAUCCUGGGUGAUUGUUUAAGGGGUGGGAAUCCAGCACUUGACGGCUAGCCAUACAGGUUUGGUUGUAACACAUUUGGGCACUGUAAAAGGACCACACAGCACCUCAUCAUGGCAUUGAUGCCUUACUGCCUGCUCAGGCAUAAAGCAAUUCUCAUUCAUGAAUUCCAAGGUUGCUACUGUAUGUCAAGAGUAUUGUUGGUAACACUUGACUCCAAGUAUCUUCAUGUGAAGUGCAAUAAAGCCUCAUAUGUGUAGAACCUUUUAGAUGCAUUAGUGUCCCAAGGUCCUGUAUGAGACUUUGUCAUCCUUCAUAGGAGAUCCCAGUCAUUUUUACACUAAUAUUACUGCUCCUAUAGAUAUAUCAUAACCUGUUAUUGUUGGCGUAAGCAUUUGAUAAUGUUUAUGAAUUGCUGAUGAGGGUGUUGGUUUUAAUGCAAUGUCUUUCAUAAGAAGUGUACUGGUCUCUAUCGGACUGACUUUCUCCUUAACUAUCGUUCGUGUCAUUGUGAUAUUUUUCUAGUUACCUUUGUCAGUAUUUGGUUUGGAAAAAUUGCAUAUUAUUACCCAUUAUAUACAGCUGCUGUUGUUCUCCCCAAACCCCUUGCCCUCUCCUUUCAGCUUGGUAACAUCCCUUUCACAAGUUUUGGUUGGGUUGUUCUUUAGGGUCUCCACCUCCACGACAGGGGCCUGCGUUCUCGUCUCCUGGUUGAUAUACUCACUCUGACACCUGUUCACUCACGCCCACUUAAGCACAUCAAGCCUUUGUUUUGAACACUGAAGUUGUCCAACACUGAUUUCAAAGUCACCUGCAUCACAUUUUAAUCUCCCUGCCAAUCCCCCCCUCCCCCCCGGUCACCAUUAUUAUUACAACAUUUCUUGGUUUACCUGCGAGUGUAUGUUUGCCCCCAACUUCCUGAAUAAGCUGUCUUUUCAAUUGUAAUAAAAAGGCGUAUUGGAAAUAUUCUUUAA